AUGUUAUCACGGUUCUCACGUGCAAACCCACGCAAUUGUCUUGUUUACCACGGAUCGAGAUCAUACUCUGAAUCAGAAAAAUAUCGCGCAUUGAUUCACAAUUCAGUGGAUAAUAUCACCCAAACAUUAGAGAAAGCCGACCGUUCCUCUUAUAUCCUAGCACAGUACAUUCCUGAACCAGCUCGAGAAACAUUCCUUGCCAUUAGAGCAUUCAAUUUGGAAAUCAACAAGAUUAAUGAAGGUGGAGCCAAUACCCAAUCGCGAGCCUCGCGGGCCUCGAACCAAAUGUCGCAGACUUUGGGAGUCUCUACAGCUGAUCUCAAGUUUAAAUUUUGGAGUGAUUUGAUCCAGCGUAUAUUCACCGAGGAUCCAGAAAGCACAAAGGAUCUUGGUGAGCCCAUAGCCAUUUUGCUUCGAAAUGCAUUAAGGAACAAUUUACAUCUUGACAUUUCCUAUUUUCAGCAAUUUUUGCAAACCAGACGACAUUUCAUCAAGACAAAUGCAGUGUUCAACACAGUGGAUGAUAUCUGCAGUUAUGGUGAAGGCACGUAUUCUCAGCUCAAUUACCUAACACAGGGGGUGCUUUUAUCGCCACUGAUAUCACCAUCAUCGAUAAAGUUGCUCGAAUAUCUGAACCCACUACAAUCUUUGGUGACUGAUAUCUCAGCUCAUAUUGGGCAAGCUACAGCAAUUGCAUCCAUGAUUAAUGGACUUCGAUUCUAUGCAUCAUCGCGCAACCAAAUUACCUUACCAGUGGAUAUCAUGACAAAGAAUGACUUGUCGCAAGAAUCUCUUUUGCGUCUAUUCCAAGGUCACGCUGAUCCAACAGAUGCGCGGGAAACAGUAAACAAGUUGAAGCAGGUGGUGUAUGAGACGUCAAUAGUUGCAAACGAUCAUAUUCUUACAGCAAGAAAGAAAUUGAAAGAUUUCAAGGAGCAAGCUAGAGAAGUUGUGGCUAGCCACUCCAAUGAUGCUAUAUUGCAAAAAUACUCCAAGAGCUGGAGAGGCGGCGUUCCGGAUACGAUAUUCACGCCCAUGAUGGUUGGUAUACCAACAAGUUUGUAUUUGCAAAGAUUGGAAAAGCACGAUUUUGAUGUUAUGAGUCCCAAGUUGCAACAACAAGAAUGGAGGUUGGCGUGGACUUCAUUUAAGGAUUACUAUAGGAGGCAGAUUUGA